AUGUGGGGCAAGGCUUCGCUCUUCUCCUCCUCCCAUCGCCCGAAGCAUCUCAAACUUCGCAGUAAGAUCAACCGAGCGAGAAGCAUCGGGGACUAUCCCAGUGCCCGAGAACUCUUGCGCAAGUAUGCCAAGGAAGUGCCGAACUCAGGGUACGAGCAGACAGUUCUAGCCGAGUGCAUGCUGGAUGCAGGAGGAGAAGCCGGUUUACAGCAGGCCCUCCAUCACAUCGACCUUGCCGGCAAACUUCACUGCGAGCCACAAGACCUUGUCGAGAACCGCAUCCUCCGAGGAAUCGUCGGCACAUGUGCGGGUGAUCAUUCGGGCAGUCUGGUUUUCCUUGAGGGGUUGGAGGAAGCGACAGUCAGGAUUUUUAACACACAUGGAGCAGAGGAAGAAGACAGAGUUGAAACGUACUACCGCAUGAGAUUGUUUAUAUCCGCAUAUGCUGCAAAGCUGUCAGCGCUCCAGUCCUUGGGGAAAAUUGAAGAAAUAGAGGUUUGCUCAAGAGCACUUGUAGAAUUCGUGCGAUCAGAGCGGAAAAAUCUGCUUGACAUUCUUGAAGAAGAAGACACGAUAAAGGGCUGCCUCGACCACCUCAUGCUGCUUCGGAUGUUGCGAGGGGUUUUGAUGCGACCAUUCAUGGUCAGUAGCGGUCGAGGAGAGAUUUGUGAAAUGAUUGAUUCGCUUGAGAGCGUCUUACUGUCUUGCCACUUCCAACUUGGUUCCUCCUUCCGACGGAUAGUCCGAGCUUCUUUCACCAGACUUGUGUGCGCAGGCGCGUUGAUGCAGCAUGAAGCUGCUCCUUCGCGCGGCCUGUUGGUUGAGGGAGCUCAGAAGAAGAAUCUGUCGAGAGCUGUUGAGCUUGCAGUCUCCAUUGCGAUGAAAGAAGACGAUGCAGCUGAGGCAGACAUGAUGGACGAAUGCAGCGAUCAUGAUGUUGUGUCUGAUGGACCUUCGCUGCUGCCUUGCCCUGUUGACGAGUUGGCCAUGCUCACUUGCUCACUGGAUGUAUGCCCGCCAAGCCUUGCUGAGCUCAAAUGUGCCGAAACCUCUUGGCAAUCAUCAGUUCAGAUUGCCCCAUCAGUGUCGACUGUACUUCUGCUCGUUGUUGGCGUCCUCACGCUGACCUUGAAAAUGGAGAGUCUAUCCUUGGAGCAUGAUCUCAGAGGCCAUCCCGAGGUGCAAACAGAGGAUCCCGAGGGGUUCAACUCAAAGAACAAGGUCUAUAUCAGCAAGCUGAUGUACGUGAAGGCUUGCUAUCACAGGCCACGAGACGUUGGUAAGGGGCUCGAAGUUGCUCGAGCGCUGCUGGAAGAAGGAGGAGCAGCAAGAGUGAAGGCACUGGAGGCUGUCGUGGUGGGGAACCUGCUCCGUCUGAAGCAAGGGAUGCUGCCCUGCUCCAACGCUCCUGGGGGUUGCCUUGCGCAUGUCGAGGAGAAGCGAAAAGUGUGUGGAGAGAGCGUGAAGCUGUUGGAAGAAGCGCAGGGGCUGGAGCCUAUGGACGUCAAACUGCGCGUGCUCGAGGCGUUGGCGCUUGCCUUGUCUGAUCAGGGAACGAGAAGCUCGCACUUGAUGUUAUGGAUCAAGCGCUCGCGACACCUUCAGCUUCUAUUAGCGGAAGCACUCGGUCCUCUUGUUCUCUGGGCGCAGGUCCUGCAUGUGAAGCUUCUGACCGCGAGCAUGCAACGUCCUCAAGCACUCAAGCUUCUCUUCGAUGUGAUUCACCGAGCUAGCCGACAGGACCUUGUUCUCGCACGCGAUUCCACCUCCUCCCAAGACGCGCUUGUCCACUUUCAGCGCCUUCUGCAGGACGUCGAGGCCGGGCGAGGAGGUUGCAACGUGCAGACAGCAGGGCUGUGGGUGGCGUGCGCUGAGACAUACGUGCUGGAGAGAGAGCUUGAGCACGCGACUACCACCAUCGCAAUCGCAAAGAGGUUGUCGCCCUUCCUCCCAGACGUCGCUUUCCUUCAGGUAGGACGGGAGGAAGGCGUGCAGGAGCAGGGGCUCAUCGCGAAGGAGCUGGGGAAACCCGAUGCAGCGCUUGAAUAUUUCAACAAGACAAUCGCUCUCGAUCCCCAGCAUGUCCGAGCUCUGGUGCAGAUAGCUGAGAUGCAAACGAAGGAAAGUCCCCGCGAAGCUGCUGAUCUUCUUCGUCGGGCUGUUGCGAGCGACAGCAGCGUCUCCUCCAGCUGGAAGCUUCUCGGGCAUUCGCUGAGAGAAAUGGGAGACGAGGAGGGAGGACGUGAAUGUUUUCAGCGGUACAUGGAGCUUGAGAGGAUUUCUGUUCCUGUCUCCUUCCUGCAAUUUCCCGUGCAAUUCGGCAGCUGA